AUGCGGUCCGACAUCUCAGACGCGCCAAGUCCAGACCUGCCAUCAGCAGCGUCCAAUUCAUCGACCGUCUCGUCUUCCGGACGGCGGGAUCGUGUCUCGUCAUCUCCGGCAGCUCAUCAUCUGCACUUCGCCUCCGAUGUCCACCCAUCACCAUCCUCGUCUUCACGUCUCUUGCAACCUAGCGGGCCCCACUCGACGGGUCGUCGCACACCACAGCCUCAUCUACCCUCACAAAGGCGGACAUCCCGUCCGAUCUCCGCCGACCCCUUAUCGAGCCCACAUGAUCGGCGAGCAAGUCUGGCGGCCAGUGCAUAUACUACUGCACCAAGCAGUGUAACUGCUAGGCGCACCAGCAUGGCGAGACUGCGAAAUGCGCGACCGGUGAAGAAGGAGGACGCGGAGGUGUGGGAGUUUGGGGAGAACAGUUUAAACCCGGGGCUGACCGCAAGUGCGAGCUCACGAAAGGGACCGGGUGGUACCGAGAAUGAGCAGCUCCAGCAGCGACUUGCUCGAAUCGAUAUGGAUUUGGUCAUGCAAGCUUUACAGGAGCAGUCUCCUCCACCUAGACAGGACUUUGGCAUCUCUACUUCGACUGCGCCUCUCAACCCUCCUCCUCCUCCUGCUGUUGGAACCCGGCGCUCCUCCUCGUUUGCUACUUCGUCCUCCCCUCUGCGAGUCGAGGACCUGCGGCUGCACUCAGGAUCGCCCGAUUCUUCCAGAGCUGAAAGUGGGAAGGAGAGGGGUAGGAUCAUGCGCAUUCUGAGCGGAACAAAGAAAGGAAGAGAAAAGAUGACUCCGGAAGAAGAGGAAGUACGCAUACGGGCUGAAGAGAUGCAGCGCAUCGAACGAAUACGACAUAUACACUCCACACUCACGCAUUCUACCCAAUCCCGAGCCGAAUCUGCUAAGAUGCAAUUCGAGGCUCGCUAUUCUUAUCUUCUUUCUGCACCACCGCACCAUGGCGGGAGGCCACCCACAUUCCUUGACGUUGUAAAGUGGAAGCGAUCCGUGCGGGACAUUGGAAGGCUAAAACGGCGACACGAAAGCCGCGUUGCACUCUCGAGAGGACAGUCGCUCAGUCGAGUAAACACGACUGAUUCUGCUGGAGAGCUAGGCGUCAAGAGCAUAACAAGUUCACCGAGUAACAUCGAUUCCCGACGCGGCUCUUUCAACAUGUCCUCUCAGUCUGCAAUUCCCCAGUCGGUCUCAUCAGAAAUGGCAUCACAUUGGGCCGAACAGCUCAUUAUGGCUAAGCAUCGUCGCAAACGCUCUGUAUUGAGCGGAAGCAGCACUGCUCUGGCCUGGGACUCUGCUGGAAUGAUCGGCAAGUCUAGCGAUUGGGAUUUCACAGCCCAGGAUAUCAUGGAAUUCCUUGCGUGUUCCGGAACUGUGGAGCCCUUCGUCCCCCCGGUAGGACACGAGCGCGACGUCCGUUCCAGCGAAGAACGCGAAUCUAUGGAGUUGGAGAAGAUUUUGCGAAGAACGGUCGGAGUACCUGGGCAGGACAAGUCGGCCCCGCCCAGUGUUAUCUCCAUUACGAGCGCGGACGAUUCAGCUGCGGAAAACCAUAUCGGUCCGAUGGGGAGAGGCCGACCAGUACACCUCAAUGUGGUUCCUCCAACGCAUGGCAAGAGGCAACUUAGUCUGGUGACCGAAGAUGAACCGGAGAGUCCAACUGAUGCCACCUUCCGGGCAGAAAAGCGACGAGAUUUGUUGCUAUCUGCGCCAGAGUCUCCGGUCAGUGGAAGGGAAGAUCAGUCCCCUUCUCGGUCCCCGAGGUUUCACCGGUCACACUCCAUCGCCAUGGGUAGGGGCGGCAGUAUCAGCCAAGCGUUUGGCAACUUCCUCAACCUUUCUGGGAGCGUUGCUGGGAGCCAGGAGGCAUUUGGCGCUGCGCCGUCUGGGGUGGCGAGUAGCAAGCAGAGUAUCACUGGCAAGCGAUGGGCACCUGUUCGGCUGCGGCUGAGCUUGGAGGAAACGAGGGACAAGAGUCCCGACGGCAGCGCGAGCGAACACUUGCUCAGCGCUGUCAACAGUGAUAACGAUGUCGGGUCCGGAACUGAUUUACCGUGGAGGCGUGGCCGGGGAACUAAGACGAAGCGGAAACUGCCCUCUCUCAAAUUUAAUAGGCGUGCGCUUGCAGCCGGGGCGGAGAAUUCGCCGCUGGACAGCGCGCUGAGCUUAGCUACUCCUGGACCGAUCCAGGAGUCGGCGAAGAUCGUCUUGCCUAAUGUGCCGGGAUUUGAGAAGGAGGAAGAAGAAGAACCGGAGGAGUCUGUGGAUUCGGAGGAAGAGGCUGCUGAAUAUGAGCGCAAGAGCAGGAUUUUGAACAAUGUCCAAUUGCAAGUAUCAAGGAUGGACAAUGUCCUAGCUUCGGCUCGAAUCAAGCACCUCGCGCAAGAGUUACUGGACAUGCGCGCCCAAACGCUAACGAUGCACACCGGGGCUCCAGUCGCGCUUCCUCCUCUUCCAGAUAAUCUUCCCUCGGCUCCCAUGCCUUCCCCUAGACCUCGCCCUCAAGACCUAUCAGUAGUAAGAAACCUAUCGGAGGCCGCCGGAGGCCCGCACGUCCUCACUUCACCCCGCACCGGUCUACCACGGACGAUCAGCGAGCCCCUUCCCACCUCCGACGCGGAGGAGUCUUCCUCCAUUCCUCGUGUCCGGCCCAUACCCCCUUCCCGUUCUGCCUCCCUCCCCCAGUCUGACGAGCCCAACGUCGACCCUCUGCCGCAUAUCCAAUCCACAUUGGAGCACCUCACCCACCAAUGGCAAGAAAUAGACACGCGACUCGACGCGCUCUUCUCCCUCCAACAAUCUGCUUUCCAGACCCAUGCACGGAUGCAGACCGCAGUCGAAGCCUCCCAAGCCCAGUAUUUCUCCGAACUCCAAGUAAUGAACAGGCUCGACGACAGGAUCCACGCGCUUAAAACGCGUCACGUUGGCAACUCGUGGUUCUUCACCAUUCUCGCCGCGCUUGCUGAAGUCCUGCUCUUUGUCGUCUGGUUCGUGGCAAAGAUCAUACAGCUCGUGUUUUUCCGCAUUCCCAAGUGGGCAUACAAGGCCGUGGUGAAACUGUUCGUGUUUCUGUGGUGGCUGAUCCGUUGGGUGCUCUUCUUGGACUACUUGUGGCCUUGACUUUGUCCUUCUAAUCUCAGCAUAUACCCUAAUAUCGCACUGUACCACCUGCAAUC